GAGAGAGAGAGUGAGAGAGGUGCACAUUCGACUGGAUCGCUACUCUUGCCAGUCCCGCGGACCCUGCUAUGGACGUCAGGUUCUAUCCGGCUCCCCCCUCCAGCGUGGGUGCGUGCACGUUAACGCCUGACUCCACUUUGGACUAUUACCACUCCAACAAGAGCAGAUACAGCGGUGCAGAUCGAGGCGUGAGGCUCUACAGUUCUCUGCCCAUGCGCCCCAACCCUGACGGAAAGAGACUGCCAUCCUCUGGGUUUGAUGGUGACAACAUGUACAUGAAUGAAAACAGCCAUGAGUUCCUCCCGCCCGGCCAGAACUACACGGCUCAGACUGGUGGUGGUAGUGGCAGCAACGGUGGAGGAGCGGGAGGUGGCGGUGGAGGCAGCGGUGGCGGCGGCGGGGGACCGGCCAGUGGCAACCAAGCCGGGGACGAGGACUACGAGAUUCCUCCCAUCACUCCCCCCAACCACCCGGAGCCUCCACUCCUACAUCUGAUGGAACAUGACUCCACGGGCUACCUUUGUCACUCGCUGUCCCACAACGGACUCAUCAACCCUUAUUCCUACCCGGAGCUGCCCACUCUCAUGAUGUCCAACAUGCUGGCGCAAGAUGGCCAGCUGGUCUCUGGACAGAUGCCCUCGAUGCACGAGAUGGCUUUGCACCGCCACCACCACCUCCACCAACAACAGCAACAACACCAUCACCACCACCAGCAGCACCACCCGGAUGGCGUUUGUUACGACCCCGCCCGUAACCACCCCCUGAUUAACCGCUCACCUCCGAUACGAUCCAACCCAAUGAGCGCGCUGUCCCAGCUGAAUCCUCAGCUGGGUCGGAGCUCGCUUCCCCACGGUUCUCCCUCGCCUCCCGGAAGCAAAUCGGCCACACCUUCCCCCUCCAGCUCAAAUCAGGAGGAGGAGACUGAUCCUCAUUCAAAGAUGACCGGCGAAAAACGGCCAUCUUCUGAGAUGAUGAAGCCCAAGCCCAAACCACAGAAGAAAAAGAAGAAGAAGGACCCCAACGAACCCACCAAGCCCGUGUCCGCGUAUGCGCUAUUUUUCAGGGACACCCAGGCGGCCAUCAAGGGGCAGAAUCCAAACGCCACGUUUGGUGAUGUAUCCAAGAUUGUGGCUUCCAUGUGGGACGGGCUCGGAGAGGAGCAGAAACAGAACUACAAGAGGAAAACAGAGGCAGCUAAAAAGGAGUACCUGAAAGCCUUGGCUGCCUACAGAGCCAGUCUCGUUUCCAAGACCUACAACGACCCCGUGGAGCCCAAAAGUGCCCAAACAAGCCAAGCGUCUCCUCACAUGCUGCCCGCCAACCCCUCUCUGUACAGCGUGCCGCCCUCUCCCCAGCCUUCGUCCCCUUACCUGGGACCGGGGGCUUUCCCCCUCGCCGACCUGCAGAGCUACGCCGGCCACGCCCCCCGCCACGCCCUCUCGCAGACGCUCAGCCAAUCGCAGAUGCUGCCCAGCAUUAGUGCCUCUCCGCCCUCCUCCUUCCAAAUCAGCCCGCCGCUCCACCCCCACCAGCAGCUGUCCCUGCACCAGAGCUCGCUGCUCAACCAGCCAAUCCGCAUGCAGCAGGUCCAGUCCCAGCCAAUCAUCUCUCACCAGAUGGGCCUUCAGGCCUCCCUUCACUCCCCGCCUCCUGGCCAGCAGGGCUUUCCCCACCUCCAGUCCGAGUAUCAGAAGAGCAUUGGGGGACCCCAGUCUCCAGGAGGGUCCGGGGGUCCGGGUCCGGGAGUUCCUCCGGGCCACGAAUGGGAUGGAGAAUACUGCAAUCGGGAGUGCGGCAACCACUGCAGCAGCAGCAGCAGCAUGAUAGGCAGGGACAAGCCCCUCUACCUCACCUGAACCCCGACUGGAACGUCAAAAGCAGCCACCAAUUGGCUCGACCGACCAUCUCCUCUCUCCCUUCCCUUUUCCCUUACAUACGUGUACAUACGUGUACUUAAACAUACAAACAUGCCACUCCACACCAUCGUUUCCUCUCGUGAUGGGACUUUUUGGAAGGGACCGGGUGAGGGGCGGGGCGAGGAGGUAGGGGCCAAUUCAUGUAUAAGCACUUACGCGAGGCCCCCAUCACCCACUUCCGGUCGCUUUGUGGCAGGCAAGGACGGGUUGUGGACUGCUUGUCCUUUUGUCCCCUCAGGGACCCCAUCCAGCUUUAAUUAGAGAUACUUUGUUGUUGGUGUUGUUGUUGUUGUUGUUACUCAUUUUAUUUAUUUCUGCCUUGCUUUUCCCCACCACCUUUGCUCUCAGAAGAUAUUUACUUCCACUUUUACGUUUGUUUUUGCUUAAAGGGGACAUAUUGUGGUCAUAUUUGACUUUUUAAUGGUUGGAUACAAAGAGUUGGGUCUCUGGAGUGCCUGUCCACCCAUCAAGUGUGAAAUUAAACGAUCGAAUGAAUCUUAAUGAUCAGCCUAUUUUCAAAAAUCUGCCUGAGCGAGACCUUAAAGCACGUCUGCCCCACUGUGAUGUCACAAAGGGGCUAAUUUGCAUAUUAAUCACCCCAACAUCAAAUAUCUCCACCAAUGAUGUAGCAAAUUAGCAUUAGCACACAUUAGCUUCUUACACAUAAAAAAAUGCUGGGUUGUUUCCGAAUCUGCUCGCUGGGGAGCUUUGAAUUUUGAGUUGGUUGGAUUCAUUUUAUCUAAGGUUGGGUUAAUUAUUUUGACUCAGCUUAUUGAGAUCAGGAUUGGAUUUAGUUUACUUUUAUAUAUCAGCAGUUUUAAGUGUCAACAUAGCAUGGCAAGAAAUGUACUAUAAAAAUUUGCUGUAAUAAUCUGUCAUUAAAUAUUUUGUAAAAAGCUGAGAAUUCUCCAUUCUUGGGAUACACCUGAGACCCAUUUAAAAUUGUGGGGGAAAUGCAUAAUAUGUCUCCUUUAAGGCCCGUUAAUUGUCCCUCCACCCCUUCCAAAAAAAAAGCAAAAAAACAAAAACAAAACAUGUCUCUUUUUUUCUAUUUUAAUCAUUAUUUUCAAAUAUUAACGACCUGUGGAGGUCCAAUGAGCUGUCACACAGUGUGAUUGUAAAUACAACUUUUAUGGGAUCAAAUGAGGAAAUUCACGUAGGGUUUCUUGUCUUUAAAAAAUAAUAAUACAUGUAAGUCAUUGAGAGCGAGAGAGAGCGAGAGAGACAGAAAGAGAGAGAGCGUGUGUAUGUGUGUCUAUUUUAUUUUUUAUUUUUUAAAACUGAAUCAACACACAUUUCAUUAUAUGGAAGAACAUUAAAAAAUGAACAAUAAUAAUAAUCUUAAUGCAUUGCCUCAAGUAAUUCAAAUGACAAAAAAAUCAUAUUUUGUCUCCCAUGAAGUCAAUUUUAGAAUUUACAGUAUUUUUAUUUUCUUUGUUUUUUUUUUAUUUUUGAUAUUUUUUAUUGAGUGUAUGAUUGACAUAAAAUGCAUUUUACUGAAAAGCAUUUUUAAAUCCCCUGACCGUUUUAAAUUGUGUUACAAAAAAGAAAAACAAAAAAGCCAAAUGUGGAUAUAUUAUUUGUAAAGUCAGGAAUGAUAAAUAAUUUAAAUGGUCAACUUUUUCCCCCAGCAGUCAAUUACAUUUAUUUAUGAGCAAAUUGAAUUACUUUUUUCCUCUAUUUAAAAAUAGAUUUCAUUUUGUCUAAUUUUGCUUUCUGUUUUGUUUGGUUUCUUUGGUUUUAUUUUGUUUAGUUUUAUUUUACUUUUAUUAUUUUGUUUUAGUAUUUUAUUAUUAGUUUUAGUAUUUUUUUUGUUUUCUUUAUUGUUUAUUGUAUCUUUUGUGGGCGGCCCGGUAAUCCAGUGGUUAGCACGUCGGCUUCACAGUGCAAAGGUACCGGGUUCGAUUCCAGCUCGGGCCUCCCUGUGUGGAGUUUGCAUGUUCUCCCCGGCAUGCGUGGGUUUUCUCGGGGUGGUCCGGUUUCCUUCCACAUUCCAAAAACAUGCAUGGCAGGCUGAUUGGACGCUCUAAAUUGUCCCUCGGUGUUAGUGUGGGCGUGGAUGGUUGUUCGUCUCUGUAUGUCCUGCGAUUGGCUGGCAACUGAUUCAGGGUGUCCCCCGCCUACUGCCCGAAGACUGCUGGGAUAGGCUCCAGCACCCCCCGCGACCCUAGUGAGGAUCGAGCGGUUUGGAAAAUGGAUGGAUGGUUUAUUGUUUUUUGUUUGGUUUUGUGUUUGAUUUUGUUUUCUCUUUUGUUUAAUCUAGUUGUUUUAUUUUAAUUUGUUUUUAAUGUUUAUUUUAUGUUGAUUUAUUUUGUUGUAUUUUGUUUGUUUGGUUUUAUUUUUGAUUUUAUUUCUUUUAGUUUUAUUUUAAGAGAGAUUAUUAUUUUAAGAUAUUACUUUGCAUUUCACGUUUUGUUUCAUUCUAUUUUGUGGUAGUUUACUAGUUUUAUUUUUGUUUUAAGAUGUAUGUUGUUUUUUUAUAUUGUUAUAUUUUGUUUUUUGUUUGUUUUUAUUUUAAGUUUAGAUUUUGGUUUAUUUUUACAUGUGUUACAUGAGCUUGUUGUUUUUUUAUAUUCACUUUAUUUUCUUCAUUUCAUUUUGUUGCUUAAGUUUAUUUUGUUGGUUUGUUUCAGAGUAUUUUAAUGUUUUUAUUUUAUUUUUGUUUAAUUUUGUUUUCAUGCACCCCGAUCUGAGGUCUGCCCUAAGCAAAAUGUUCCUAUGUCUUUCUUUUGUGCAUUUGUAGCUGCUGCAGCAUCUCUUUUCUGUCAUGAUGCUUCUCUUUAUUUUCCCAACCUGCAUUAUGAAGACAAUGAUAAUAAAAAAAAUACUGAAAAGUG